UCCUGAACAAUGCUUUGGAAGCCAUCUUACCCAAGACAUCAGUGGAGACACCAGCAACAUUAGAUAUAUAUACAAUAAUGUCGGAUAUAUCCAGUAGACAGGAGUUAUCUGAACCAAACAAGGCUGAUCUUACCCCUGCAGAAAGAGCUUUCAUUGCUUCACAGAUUGCUAUGAAGAAUGAACUGGAUGCGGAUAUAAAAAAUGAUGUUGUUAAAAACGAGGUUCAAAUACUAUUGGACAGUAUUUCCGAUUUAGGUCAUGUGCUUCAGAGGCUGAACUAUCGUAAACAGAUGCCUGUUUACGUUCAAAAUGGACACAUCAAUUCCACAGAAGACAAGAAACUGAUAGCUGAGCUGAUUAAGAAUGGGUUUCAGAACAAUGACGUAGAUUUGAAUUUUGAAGAAUCUGAUUCCCAGUCUCCACAUGAGCAAGCCGUACAGGUAACAUUAUAUGACCACACACCAUUUUCUUGGGAUGAAGAGUCUAAGUUCAUAUCGUCAAAGACGGUAACUGUGUCAGUCGGAGAAGGCAAUACAACAAACUCAGCAAUACCAUCUAAAAUCAAACUGCAAAAUACUGAUUUAGUACCAACAAGAAAAACCAUCAAUAUUGCCAUUCCUGUAGAUAAAAAUGAAACCACUUCACAGAUGCUGACGUAUAAAAUGUACUGGAAGACACCUGCAGACAAUUUGAUAAUCAGUAUUAAUAACGCCAUGGAUCACCUCAAUCACAUUAUUUACAUUCGGAAGAAAGAACCCCCAACGGAAGACGAAUAUGACUGGAAAAAAAUUACAGAAUCCAGCGACUGGUUAACCACCAGCGAAAUAAAAGUGAUAGUAGACCGGGGAUUAUACACAGCCCCAACAAAUGUGUAUAUUGGAGUCCUUGUUCAAAAAGAAACGUCUUCCGCUCCUACAUUAACCAGACGAAGACGAUCAUUGAGUACUACUAUUGUUGAAUAUGAAAUUAUUAGUGCUACGGUUGGUUGUAGAGUAUGGGAUACUGUAAAGCAGAAAUGGGACAAAACGUCAUGUCAGCUUUCUGCUGUAUCAACCAUCAAUGAGACUGUUUGUGAAUGUUCCAGUCCACCAGGAAACAGUUUUGCCACAACUUUCUACGUGCCUCCAAACACGAUCGAUUUUGGAAGUGUUUUUGAAAAGUUUGAUUUGAAAAACAAUGCAGCGGUGUUUGCAACAGUUGUAUCACUGGUACUGAUGUAUAUUUUGUUAUGUGUAUGGGCAUUCAGACAGGACAGAAAGGAUCACACAAAGUGGGCUUUAUCAUACCUGAGUGACAAUGGACCUUACGAUGAUUACUUGUACAUUAUGACGGUGUUCACAGGACUACACAGAAAUGCUGGAACAAAAUCCAGAAUAGGUUUCAUGAUAAUUGAUGGCAAACCAAAGAAAAGCCACUUUUAUGAACCAGAUGUACGAAUAUUAGAUGACGAAUCACAUCGAGGUUUUGGUGUUGGUAGCAUCCGGAAAUUUGUGAUGAGCGUUUCUAAACCAAUAAAUGAUCCAACGGUAUUAAAAAUUUGGCAUGAUAAUAGCGGACAAGGAAAUUCGGCAUCAUGGUAUCUUAAUAAAAUCCUACUGGAGGAUGUGCAAACUAGUGAGAGGUAUCUGUUUAUAUGUGAUCAAUGGUUGUCUUUGGAUCAUGAUGAUGACUGCAUUGAUUAUUAUAUUGAUGUCAGUCAUAUUCUCUUGGAUUGUAAAGAGUUAUAA